UCUAGCCCAAGAAGGUUCUAGCCAUGUCAAGCAGGGAAAAGAAAGCCACUGACAGUGCUGGCAUGCGCCCAAGGCUGAAUCCAAAUCUCACAUCAGAUGACACCCAGAACCCAGAUGCAAUCACCCCAGUGGACAAAGGAGUCAUUGAUGUCAUUAGUGAGGACAUUACUUCCUCUGGAAAAGAAGGGCAACAGGCCAGGAAGGAAGUACAGGAUUUAUUUGAAGAAUUUGAAGAGCCCAUUAAGAACUUUCUUCAGGGAAACAGAGAAAGAUUCACAGCGAUCAUCAUGGCGUCUUUCGAAACCAUGGAGCAGAAAGUUGAGGAUGUCCUAAAAAUCCAGUGUGAACAAAGGCAGAAACUCUAUCAAGACUAUUCUCUUCAGAUUAUGAAUUUGAAUAGGAAGUUAUCCAUGGAUGCAGAUCAAGUCAAGAAACAGGCAGAAAAACUCUCUAAUAUGUUUAAGGAGCAAAGAAAAUUUAUUCACCAGUCUCUGAUUCUUCAGAAGAAGAGAAUGGAAGGCUUUAAAUCACUGUGUGAACAAUACUUGGAGAAACUUGAGGUACUGAGGGAUUCUCGGGGAAAUUCUGUGGCUGAAGAGCUGAGACGUCUAAUAGCCACCUUGGAAAUAAAACUUCUGAUGGUGAACCGCCAGCAAGAGAGUGCUGCUGCUCAACAGUCUCUCCUGGAUCUGUUAUUCUCAUAAUACUUUGAAGAACAAGAACGUCGAUACAAGGGGAGCGAUUGUUUCAUGGAAAUUCACUGGGUGAAGCUGAUUGACGUUUGCAGCUUCAGUGACUACAUCUUCUUGUGUUCCCCUGUUCCUAAAGAUAAACCCAAGUAAACCCAAGGAUUUGUGUGACAGCAGUCCAAAGAUGUCUAUAGGAACCUCCAACCCUCGGGUAGUAAUGGUGAGAUUUUCUUUUCUUGGUAGCAUCACAAUUAACAGUUAGCACUGUGUUGAUGUCGAUACAGUGGGGUCUCGUACCUCAGCAUCACUUUCAGAAAUCAGAAGGCACAAGAGCAGUCCAUCCUUGUCAUCUUCAGAGAAAUAAUCAAAGAAGACACACUCUUGCCAUUACAUUCUGCUAUUAAAUUUGUUCAGUCAUGGAGCCUAUGGGAAUGACCAUAACCUUCCAAAGGGAAUGUGCCCUGUAUGCUUCAUAAAAGACUGUGCCCCAGAAUUAGUUAAACUGGUAGAAUGCAUUAAACCUCCCGAGUAAGAAAGACGUGAGUAAUGUGACAUAAGUUUGUGAAAAUGUCACUUUCAGACAAAACUUACAAGGUCUUUGAAUUGAAUGUGGUCUGCUACCCAAUGUCAUCUGCCUGUCACAUCUUAAGAGUUGAUCCUUAGCACCCGUGCAGCUCAGUUCCUCAUAGUUUAUAUAUUUUGGCCUUUGCAUGGAAAGGAGUAACUAGGAAUGUUUUGUUUUUCAAACUUACUGUGCACGUAGUAUGUGAGCAUCAGUGACAUACACGGUCUUCUGUACAGUUAAAGCUCUUGUCCUGUGAUUUCCUUUAUACACACACACACACCAUGGGAACUCUUUACUUGGAAA